GACUUCAUCUUUCUAUUCUCUACCAUCUUUCUCCAAAUGUGAAUUUAGCUGGGCUGCACCUUGUCUUAUCUUUCUAUUUAGUCAAGGAAGGUUAGCUUGACAUUAUAUCAUCCUUUUUAAAAUUAUUGUUAAUAAUUGUAUGUUUUUUCUUUAAACACAUGCCCUAAUAUCGAAAUUUGUAUUUUUCUUUAUAAUUUGAAAUAAGGUUGUUUUUAAAUAUAGAAAAGAAAAAAAAAAAAAAGAAACCAAACUAUUUAGGAAUAUAUUAAAUUCUAGAUUGUUAUUAUUUUGAAAAAUUGGUUACCCUGUAUUUGCAUUCUAAUAAAAGAAAUAUUGGAAUAUAUACACACAUAAAAGAAAAAAUGAGUGCACAGUGACCACAUGUUGUAGGAACCAACAAUCCAAUAGUAAUGAGAAUCUAAACUCAUCCCUCAACCUUCAUCAUAAAUCACACUUACUUUGUCUCUCAUUAAUUUCUCCACCAUUAUUCUCCAUUCAUCGUCUCUUCAUAAACCCUAAUCCCAAUCCAUCCCCAUGGCCUCAUUAUCCACGGUGGUCGGAUCUCAACCCGCAAUCAAAGUCAUCGCUCUCUGUGGUUCUCUUCGCCAAAAUUCUUCCAACCGAGGCCUCAUUCGUGCCGCAACGGAGAUAGCGAAGGAAUCCAUCGAGGGAUUGCAAAUUGAAUAUUUGGAUAUUUCCCCAUUGCCGAUGCUGAAUACCGAUUUGGAGGUUGAUGGGACAUAUCCGCCCGUCGUUGAGGCGUUUCGCCGGAAGAUUCUUGAAGCUGAUAGCGUUCUCUUUGCAUCGCCGGAGUAUAACUACUCUGUCACCGCACCAUUGAAGAAUGCAAUAGACUGGGGAUCAAGGCCACCAAAUGUAUGGGGAGACAAAGCAGCAGCAAUAGUUAGUGCAAGUGGUGGCUCUGGUGGUGUAAGAUCACAGUACCAUCUUCGCCAAAUUGGAGUUUUUCUUGACCUUCAUUUCAUAAACAAGCCCGAGUUUUUCUUGAAUGCACAUCAGCCACCACCCAAGUUCGACAGCAGCGGUGACCUGAUCGAUGCCGAAGUUCGAGCAAAGUUGAAAUCUCUUCUUCUAGCAUUGCAUGCAUUUUCCUUGAGACUUAAAAGGAACUAACCCUUUGUAAAAUCGAUGAACGUUGGAAUAAAUGGCACAUAACCAUUCAUGUGGAGUUGCAUCGUUUUACAAAUGAACAUGUCAUUUAAAAAACAACCUACUUGAAUAAGAGACGUGAUUGUUCGAAUA